GCAUCUCAAAUUUUAUGCAGAUUGCACUUUAUGUUGAUUUUUGUAGAGUGAUUAAUAGUUUCAAUUCAUUAAAAAUAAUUGAGCGGCGUAUUUGAAAAUUGUUAAAAACUAACUAUUUAAAAAAAACGUACAAUACGUAAAAUAAAACAUACGAAAGCUAAAUAUGAUACCGAAAAAAACUCUUGUGAAGGAUGCACACAUCGUGAAAAUUGCUGUGGAAUUGGAAAACUAUGUGCCACAGCUCAUUUGUUUGGAUCAGCGCCAACCUUUAACAGGUAAGAUACAAGAAAUCUGCAGUUAUUGGGACAUUGCCGAUCCACAAAACUACGCUCUCGAGUUUUGUGACCCCAACAAUCAAAAAUAUGUCACCGAAAAAAAUCGCAAUGAAAUCAAAAACGGUUCGGUUUUGCAUUUAUCAUAUUCCCCUUCGAAAACGGCAAAUGACACGCUGGAAUCAUUACGUUCUGGCUCUACAAUGGAAAAGACAAAAUGUCUCAAGCAGCUCGCUACGCUCAGCAAAGAUCACACCUUUGCAAUGGAAUUUAUAAAAGAGCAAGGCCUAGGCAUAAUAAUAAAUAUGAUCGAGGAUCCAUCUCAAAGAGAUGACGACAUACUAAAAUAUAGUUUAGCCAGUUUUGUUGAGCUAAUGGAGCAUGAUACAAUUUCAUGGGAAAUACUGCAAAACAACUUCGUGCAACGAAAUAUUCACAUUGUUUGUAAUUUUCAAAAUUUUUCCAAAGAAUGUAUACAAAGUGCGCUCUCUAAUUUGGAGAAUAUUGUGCAAAAUAGUAGCAAAUACGUGCUAGUCGAAAAAGAAGUCACACUACAAGAUCUACUACGUUUAUUGCAAGAUGCCAACUCAGCAACAACGCAACAAAAUGCCAUUGCAUUAAUCAAUGCGCUCUUUAUGAAGGCAGAUGAAGGACGCAAACGACAGAUUGCACAUACAAUUAGUGCAAAGCCAUACCGUUUGGCAUUGAUUGGAAAUGCUUCAGGGCGUCCUAUGGAAAUGACACACCAAUUGUAUGUACUACAAAUGCUCACUUUGGGUUUGCUUGAGCAACGUAUGCGUAUGAAAAUGAAUGCACAAGAUCAGGAUGCACACGAAAAAAUCAAAGAAUUGCGGCGCAUUGCGUUUGAUGAUUACUCGGGACAAAUGGGUGUAGGCGAGGAGCACUUGCGACGUGGUGGCGGCGGUUCAGGCGGUGGCAAUGUGAACUUUUCGCAGUUUUAUAAAAAACUUGGCUUCAAAUGCGAUAUAAAUCCAGCACAGGAUUUCAUUGAAACGCCACCAGGAAUCUUGGCUUUGGAUUGCAUGGUGUACUUUGCACGCACAUAUACACAGCAGUAUACAAAAAUUGUGCAUGAAAAUUCGUGCCGUGCUGACGAGCAUGAGUGUCCUUUCGGACGCACUUCAAUCGAAUUGGUAAAAGUUCUUUGCGAUAUAUUGCGUAUUGGCGAACCACCGGCAGAACAAUCAGCCGACUUUCAACCAAUGUUUUUUACACAUGACCAUCCAUUUGAAGAAUUCUUUUGUAUUUGUAUUAUAACGCUAAAUCGUACAUGGAAAGAUAUGCGUGCGACGGCGGAAGAUUUUCAAAAAGUUUUCAGUGUUGUACGUGAACAAAUAAUACGCACACUAAAGGAACGACCGGAAAAUUUAGAAGAGUUUCGUGCUAAAAUUGCACUACUUACUUAUCAAACAAUAACUAAUUUACGACAACAGGAACGCAUUUCAAAAGAAGAAUGCGAUUCUACAGCAUCUGCUAUUGUAAAGUUAAAAGAGAAAAUUUCGCCGCAUAUACUCGAUUUAAUAAAGCAACAACGGUUGUCAUAUUUAGUGGAGGGCACUCGAUUUUCAAAAUACUCACGCGGCACACGCUCGAAAGAUAAAUUUUGGUAUGCACGUCUCUCACCCAAUCAUAAGGUUAUACACUAUGGUGAUUGUGAUGAGAAAACUGUGCCUACACUUGAAGAGCUAACCAAUAAGGUGGCAGUUAUCGAUAUUAAACAGCUACUCGAAGGCAAAGAAUGUCCACAUAUGAAAGAAAUGCGUACACGUAAAAAUGCCGGCAACCUGGCCUUCUCAAUUACACUUGAUUCCAUGGAGAAUACUACAUUGGAUUUUGUAGCGCCGGAUGAGACUACCUUUCAUUAUUGGACAGAUGGUAUAAAUGCUUUGUUGGGUCAGGAAAUGACAAGUAAACAAAAGAAGGAAGACUUUGACACUUUACUGUCAAUGGAAAUCAAAUUGCGUUUAUUGGACACUGAAGGAGUUGACAUCAGUAAAGAUCCCCCACCAAUACCCGAAGAUCCCGAAAACUAUGAUUUUUGUUUCGAGAGUUAAAUGUAGUAUUUCAAUGUGUCUUGCAUGACUAGUACAUUUAUGUAUAGUGAUGUUAUGGUGUAAAUUUUAAUAUGCUCGUAUUUGCAAUAUGAAGUAAACAAGGAUCUUUUUAUCGAAAAAAUACAUGCCAAAGUAAAGUAAGUCUAAAUUUAAUACGCAAUAUAACAAUAUAUCUUGUUUUUUAUGUUUAUAUGUCGUUCUACGGUCUCUUAAUCCACAUAUACUUACAUAUAUAGUAGGGACUUUUAUAAAUUUUUUAUACAAAUUAUACAAAUAACUGCAAA